AUGCUUGGUGUUAAGCUGGGCUUAGACCUCUCGUUGUAUUUGAUUCACUUUAUAUAUAUCAUACAUUCCGAGGCGUACAAUCUCAUACACGCUAAGAGAAUUGUUAACUUUCAAUUUGCACGAUCUAAUGGUCACUCCACUGGAGCUUACUAUCGGCCGGAUAGUACACAGUGCAGCAGGACCGUGCCAUUACGACACAUAGGCGCGUUUGCCACAUCGUGUAGCACUAUGUCAAAAGAUAUGUCAAAUCUGCAACUUCAAAAUUUCAUGGAAGACUUAAAUGAGGCUCAAUUUGAAGCAAAAAACACCAUGGAUGAAUCAAACAUAGACACACCAAAAGGUCUCAACACCGACGCUGCUUCCAAAAGCAGCACACCGCUAGAGAAUAAGCACAAAGACCAAAUGGAGGACAAUACUAAUAAUGCGAUCUCACAUACCAUCGUUAGCGUAUCAGAACAAGAAGAGUCAGACCGAGAGGCACUGGGGGUGCCGUCAUCACAGGCAUUAACGAAUAUAGUCAUGACUGUGGAAUAUGACGGAGGAGAAUACAGCGGAUUUGUAGGACCCAAUCAUUUCUACAACCAAGAAAGACAAGAGUUGGCCCAAACACAGAAUUGCCCAAAAUCAAACACCAAAAGAGAGGUUCUCCCCAAGAGCGUAAGUAAUGAACUUUUACGGGCUAUUGUCUCGAUACACGGCUAUUUGCCACUUAGGAAAAACAAAGGAACGGAAAAGUCGAAACAAAACGAUGGAGACGAUGAUGAUGAUGACAUCGAUUUGGAUGCUCACGAAACUUAUGAAUUGCCACCGGAACGUAGGUUCACACUCAUCGCAUCAAGCCGAACUGAUAAGGGAGUACAUGCUACGGAAACGGCCUGUCAGUACCUUUCUUUUGACAAGGAACCACCAUUCGGAGGGGAUACAGAUUUCAUUAUGGACAAAGUUAAUAGGAUUCUGCCGGAAGAUAUACGUAUUACGGCGAUGAUAGCAGCACCAAGUCCUGACUUCAAUGUCAGAUAUGACAAUCUGGGGAAAUGCUACACCUACAAAGUAGACCUUUCGGAAUGGCCGAACAUUUUUGAACGCAAGUAUUAUUGGCAAAUCACGGCGGACAAGCAAUUCAGAAACACUUUGCUGAAAAAGUACAGCGAUAUCAGAAAGGAGUUCUGCUUCGUGCGAAUGCGGAAGGCAGCUGAUGCCAUCGAGGGAACACACAAUUUCGAGGGAUUCCGCAAGAAAAGCAGGGGUAACGAAAAAGCAAUUAAUAAGAACCCAGUAUGUACCAUUGAAAGGAUAGAUUUCGAACGAUACACCGACUCUAAAUAUACCAAGUUUAACGUAGUCAUAACUGGGGAUCGGUUCCUAUAUAAAAUGGUUCGAGGGAUCGUCAGUCACAUUGUCAUGGUCGGCUACGAUAUACUCAAGGUGGAAGAUAUCAAGAACAUGCUGGAGAAUGCAGAACCUAUACCGGACAUACCCUAUGCUCCGAGUACAGGCCUUUAUCUAACAAAGGUCAUAUUUGAACCUGAAGUGGAUAGGGCACUGGCAGCGUCAAAAGAACGGGGGAAACGCCGACUAAGGGAACUACUCAAAUGCCACGACACAACGCUAGAUUGCAUGUAG